UCGUCAGACAGCAGACUGCACUGAAGAAGAAACACUCUCAAUGUGGUGAGUGUCAUGGCAGACCAGUCUGUUAGGAUGGUGACAGCCAUCGUGUUGCAGAGUGUCUUCUUCCUCUCAGAUUCUCCUCCAAAGCCCAGCAUUGAGAUCCCAGGUGAUCUGAAGGAGAAGGAGUCUGUCUCUAUAAGCUGCUCAGCUUCCACUCCCUGUCCACACUCUCCUCCUCAACUCACCUGGAACCUCCAACCAGACUCUCACAACAUGACGGAGGAAAACACAGAUGGAACCUUCACAACUAAAAUCCAGAAGAGCAUCACUCUGUCACAUGAACAUGAUGGAUUCAUCAUCACCUGUUCUGCCAGAUAUCCUGUGAAUGAAGGAAAAGGUGUGAAGACGUCAGAGGAGACAAAGACUCUCAGUGUUUCAUAUGCUCCCAAGAACACCUCAGUGUCCAUCCGUCCAUCAGGUCUGGUGUCAGCAGGUAGCUGGGUGAUCCUGACCUGCUCCAGCAGAGCCAAGCCUCCUGUGAGCCGCUUCACCUGGUUCAAGACCUACAGAGAUGGACCAAUCAAAGUAUCUGAAGGAGCCUUUUACAGCUUCAUAGUCACUGAUGGAGGAGUUUAUUACUGUGUGGCCACCAAUCAGCUUGGUAAUCAAACAUCCUCAGAGAUCCAUCUGAGUAUUACAGGUGAUCUACUGGUUGGUGAUCAUUUCAUAGUCAAGGUCCUGGGAAUCAUUCUGCUGGUCACUACUUUGGUCAUCUUUGAGUGCUGGUUGAAAUCAAGACGCUCCACCAAACCACAGGAGGACGAGGUAGAAAUCGACUACGUUAACAUGGUGGUGGAGUAACAUCCGUCAUGAGCCAGAAGAGGAAGAGGAAGCUAUGAAGCUGUACCAUCUUUUCUGUAUUCAUUAGUCUUAGUGCACUUCUUACAACAAUGUGUGUAGCUUUUCUCUUAACACUUAAUGGUGUUCCAUUCUUUAAAGAUGAAUGGGGAAUAAUGUUAACAUUUUUCUGUGUGUCUUAGUCAUCAAUAAAAACAUUCUCCGAUAUUUGAUCUUGUGAUAAUUGAAUGUAAAGCGUGUAAAUGAAUAAAAAUGAUG